AUGAGAUCCAAACAGCGCCAUGUCCAAGCAUUGGCGGUGCUUCUGCUACUAGUAGCGUCGUCCGAAGGCUUUGUCUCUCAGCAAAGAGAAUGCCAUUUCGACAAGACCGCACUGUUUGCCCAAAACGCAGGUGCUGGUAAUCCGGCUACCACUCCCGCUCUUCGAAUUGCCUAUGGGAGCACUCUGCCCACAAUUGCCAGCAUGCCGGUGCCCCGCCCUCCCGUGCCCCAGGUGGUAGUACCACCAGAAGCAAAAGCAGAAGUGCCAGAGGCACAGGCAGAAGAAAAGAAGGGGGGUCUGGACUAUGGAGCUCUCAACAAUCUGGCAUUUGAAGCAGCCGUGAGUCUAUCCACAGGAGACUACGUCGUUGCAACCAAACCAAUGACGGAAGCAAAGGAGAGUCUAGCGGAGAGUGUCGCGAAAGUGGAAACACCCGGACUAGACCCGGCCGAAAUUGAACGGAUACAACAGGAAGAACGCGCUAGAUUGGAUGCCGUCGUGCAAGCCUUUUACGAGAAUCUACAACAGGAGCAAGCCCAGCUAUCACAAGUGGAUGUUCCUUCGUCCACCGUACCGUUUUCAAAUGGCGUGGCAGGCCAAAAAGUCUCCUACAAUGCCGGACGUGUUGGACCGCAACGAGUCAUCUUUCAUGAUUCACAGUACCAUCCAUCCGAACAAACCACGACCAAGGCAGUCCCCUUUUCCAAUUCAGUGGUGAGGAAAAUGGCGCCGCAAUCUGCCAUUCCACAAGAAGAUGUGCCGCAACAACCGCAACCAACUGGUUUCUUCCAGCGGUACAAUCGUCCGUACUCCGAGCCCAAACUUCCCGCCAUGGUGGCACAACAAGAAGAACAAGUAUUGCAAAAAGAGACGAUUCAGGAAUUUGGGGCUUUCUAG